AUGUCAUUAGAACAAUAUAAAGAACUAGCUAAACAGGAACAACAUGAAGUUCCUAAAUCAUUUAUUCCAAAAAUAAUUUAUAGUUUUAAAUUAUUAAGUCAAUUCCUUUUAUAUUCAAAAAAUACAGAAUUAGAAAAAGCAUUGAUUCAAGAUGAAGAAACAUUUACAUCAGAUAUCACAAAUACAUAUAGUUUUAUAGAUGAUGUUGAAAAUGUUGGUAAACUAUUUGGUAUUAAAGUUCCACAUCCUCUUAGUACACAAUUGAAUAAUAGUUCAUUAUCAAAUGAAAUUAUUACAAAUUUAGAAUCUAAAAUUAAUGAAACUCCAGUAUUAGUAUUUAUUCAUGGAUUAGGAGGUAAUUUCCAACAAUUUGAUGAAAUUAUAAAAGAAUUUGCAGGUAUAACUGAUAUUUUUGCAAUUGAUUUACCAGGUUCAGGUAGAUCACAGGAUAUAAAUUCAAAUUUUAAAUUAACUUUAGAUAAUUUUGUUGAAGUUGUUCAUAAACAAUUAGAAUCCAAUGGAUAUAUUGGUCGUGAUAUUGUUCUUAUUGGUCAUUCAUAUGGUACACAAGUGAUAUUGAAAUUGAAUACAGUAAUACCAAAUGUUAAAAGUCUUAUAUUAUUAGCACCACCUAAAAUCCCAUUAAUAAGAACUAAAAAGGAGAAAUUUUUCCUUGGAUUAUUUGCUAGAUUGCCAAUAUUAUUUGAAUUUUUCAGAAAAUUGGAUAGAUUAAAUAAUAUUAAAAGUAUUUCUAUGGGUAGAUUAUUUCAUAAUGAAGAUACAUCAGAUUUUUUAAAAUUUAAACAAUUUAGAUUUAAUCUUUUAACAAAUUCAUCAAAUUUUAUUAAACAUGCUAAAAAUUGGAUUCCAUUAAGUGUUAGUGAUGCAUUAGAAUCAUCACAAAUUAUUGAACAAAAUCAUGGUAAGAUUUUAAUAAUUGAUGCAUCAGAUGAUAAAUUAACUAAAAGAGGUGGAUCAACUUAUUAUGAUUUAAUUGGAUCAGGAGUUUCUACUUAUGAAGUUUUAGAAAAUUCAGGUCAUAAUUUUAUAUUAGAAUCUUACAAAAGUUUAAAUUUGAUAUUGGCUAAAUUUUUAUCAAAUUUGAAUCCAAAUUUAUCCAAGAAUCAUAUUGAUGAUGUUAGAUCACAAAUUGCCAAUGAACAAUAA